UGUUUGUAUUGUUAUUAUUGUUUCUAAAGGCUAAUUCACACUGAUCCAACAACAAAUGUGUUUGUUGGAGUCCACUGGAUCAGUGCUUUGGCCAUCGGCAGUGUUUUAUUGCCACAAUAUGACACCGACACACACUGAACUCUUUUAUUAGAUUCACAGACACGCCUGUUUUCUCAAACACACAAGCAGGAAAGUGGAUGGAGGAAAAGUGAAAGUGUUGUUGAGCUGUGGUGUGUAUUUGUGGUAAAAUGGCAGAAGGUAUUUCAGAGGAUCACUUCAUGUGUUCAGUGUGUUUGGAUCUACUGAAGGAUCCAGUGACGCUUCACUGUGGACACACUUACUGUAUGAGGUGCAUCACAGACUGCUGGGAUCAGGACGAUCAGACGGGAAUCUACAGCUGCCCUCAGUGCAGACAAACCUUCAGCCCUCGGCCUGUUCUAGGGAAGAAUGUGGUGGUUGCUGAGAUGGUGGAGAAGCUGAAGAAGACGAGACUUUCUGGUGUGUGUUACGCUGGAGCUGGAGAUGUGGAGUGUGACGUCUGUACUGGAAGAAAACACAAAGCCAUCAAAUCCUGUCUGACGUGUCUCAAGUCUUACUGUCAAACUCAUCUCCAGCAACACGAGAAUCUCUUCAGAGGGAAGCUGAUGGAGGGCGCUGGACGACUGCAGGAGAUGAUCUGCUCUCGACAUGAUAAAGUGACGGAGAUCUACUGUCGCACUGAUCAGAGAUGUAUCUGUGUGUUGUGUUUGGUGGAUGAACACAGAAAUCAUGACACUGUAUCAACGGCUGCAGCGAGAACAGAGAAACAGAGUCAGUUAGGAGAAACACGGAAGAAAGUUCAGCAGAAGAUCCAUCAGAGAGAGAAACAUGUUCAGGAGCUGAGAGACGCUGUGGAGUGUCAUAAGGUGAACUGUGAUGAGAUGUGUGUGUGUGUUAUUUAUCUCUGA